AUGUCUCUAAGGCAUUCAUUAACUCCAUUUUCCACUGCUUUCAAGACUCCAGAGUGCACGCGAAUUAACCUUCCGACUCAACUUCGGCCGGCGAGUAUUACUCGGCGACGACUAGGUGCCCGCCAUAUUCACAAACUCAGUGCUUCCUCUACAAUUCGCUGCUCAGCCAUGGCCAUUGAUGAGGGCCCCACCUCUUCUUAUCUUCAAUUGCAGGAUAGCUUGUUGUACUCUCAAGCUUUUUGGGUUAGUAAAUCAAUUAUUGCUUGGAAUGUCGAUGUUGGAGAUGGUUCAUGUUAUUUGUGCGGCAGUAAAAAUGCGGCUUUAUCUGUUGCAAACAAUCAAAUUCAAGGCAGUGAAGUGAAAAUUAAGCUUGAAGCAAGCACUAAUAGGCUUCCAGAACAUGUAAUUGAAAAAUUUCCUCAUGUUCAAGAUUAUAAAGUUUUCAAAGUUCCACCUGCUCUGGAUGUCAAAAAUUUACUGAAAUACCAACUAGCUGUUGCUAUUUUCACCUCUGAUGGAAAAUGCACCAGUGUUACUGGUUUGCAGUUACCAGGUGUCCUUGAUGAACUAUUCUCCUAUGAAGGUCCCCUUGGUUCAAUUUUUACAAAUGACGUUGUUGCACUUUAUCUUUGGGCACCUACUGCACAAGAGGUACGUGCAUUUAUUUAUAGGGAUCCAGCAGGUGGGCAUCCUUUAGAAGUUGUCCAGCUUGAGGAAUUCAAUGGUGUCUGGAGUGCUAAAGGGCCAAGGACUUGGGAAGGCUGUUACUAUGUCUAUGAAGUCUCCGUCUACCACCCUAGCACCUUGCGUGUAGAAAAAUGUAUUGCAAAUGAUCCAUAUGCAAGAGGGCUCUCAGCUGACGGUAGGCGAACCCUGUUAGUUGAUCUAGAUUCUGGAACAUUGAAACCUGAACGAUGGGAUAAUUUGGCAGACGAAAAACCCAAUCUUCUUUCUUUUUCCGACAUCAGCAUCUAUGAGUUGCAUGUCAGAGAUUUCAGUGCCAGUGACACUACUAUUCCUUCUGAUGUUCGUGGCGGUUAUCUUGCCUUCACUUUCCUGGACUCAGCAGGUAUGCUUCAUCUUAAAAGAUUAUCCAGUGCUGGUAUAACGCAUGUCCAUCUUCUGCCAACCUUUCAGUUUGCUGGUGUUGACGACGAGAAGGAUAAAUGGAAAGAUGCUGAUUUUAAGAUGCUUGAAUCAUUGCCACCAGACUCUGACGAGCAACAGUCUCACAUCACAGCCAUUCAAAACGAGGAUGGAUAUAACUGGGGCUAUAAUCCUGUUCUCUGGGGAGUCCCCAAAGGAAGCUAUGCAAGUAACCCAAAUGGUUCAUGCCGCAUAAUUGAGUUUCGCAAGAUGGUCCAGGCACUAAACUCCAUAGGCCUUCGUGUUGUGCUUGAUGUUGUUUACAAUCAUUUGCACGCAAGUGGUCCCUAUGAUGAGAACUCUGUCCUAGACAAGAUCGUUCCAGGUUACUACCUAAGAAGGAAUGCUAAUGGUUUUAUUGAGCACAGUACAUGCACAAACAAUACAGCCAGUGAACAUUUCAUGGUUGAACGGUUGAUUAUUGAUGAUCUUUUGUGCUGGGCUACCCAUUUCAAGGUUGAUGGAUUUCGAUUUGACCUUAUGGGUCAUAUAAUGAAACGCACCAUGGUAAAGGCUAGGAGUAUGCUCCAUAACUUAUCGAAAGAGAAAAAUGGAAUAGAUGGCCCAAGAAUCUAUGUAUAUGGUGAAGGAUGGGACUUUGGAGAAGUGUCUAAAAAUGGGCGUGGGAUAAAUGCAUCACAAUUCAACAUUUCUGGAACUGGGAUUGGAAGCUUCAACGAUCGGAUUCGCGAUGCCAUGCUUGGGGGAUCUCCAUUUGGUCAUCCUCUUCAACAAGGUUUCAUUACAGGUUUGGCUUUGGAGCCCAAUGAUUAUGACAAUGGGACCAAAUCUGAUGCAGAGCAUUUGCUAGCUGUAUCAAAGGAUCACAUUCAGGUAGGUAUGGCUGCUAACCUAAAGGACUUUGUUUUGACCAAUUAUGAGGGUCAAGAGGUUAAAGGCUGUGAAGUUUCAACUCAUGAUGGGGCACCUGUUGCAUAUGCUUCAUGCCCCACAGAAACAGUCAAUUAUGUCUCUGCUCAUGACAAUGAGUCCUUGUUCGACAUUGUGAGUUUAAAGACUCCCAUAAAAAUAUCUGUGGAUGCAAGAUGUAGGAUGAACCAUUUGGCAACCAGUGUAAUAGCACUUUCUCAGGGAAUACCUUUUUUCCAUUGCGGUGAUGAGAUUCUGCGUUCAAAGUCACUAGACCGUGAUUCAUAUAAUUCCGGUGAUUGGUUCAACAGAUUAGACUUCAGCUAUACUUCUAAUAAUUGGGGAAUUGGUCUUCCUCCAAAAGAAAAGAAUGAGAAGAGCUGGUCAAUAAUUAAAACGAGAUUGGCAGAUCCAUCCUUUAAGCCUCAGAAGAGCCAUAUUCUCGCUGCACUUGAAAACUUUUCAAGCUUCUUAAGUAUAAGAUACUCUUCUCCACUUUUCCGUUUGAGAACAACUAAUUCUAUACAGGCACGAGUACGAUUUCACAAUACCGGUCCGUCAUGGGUCCCUGGUGUCAUAGUCAUGAGCAUUGAAGAUGGCUACGAAGGAGUUCCUGGGCUUUCUCAACUGGAUCCCAUCUACUCGUAUAUUGUUGUUAUCAUCAAUAUACGCCCAACGGAUGCCUUAUUUACCAGCCAUGCUCUUCGGGGUAGAAGUCUUAAACUGCAUCCCAUACAGAUGAGCUCGACUGAUGACAAUGUCAAGGACUCCACAUAUGAUUCAUCGUCUGGUUUUUUCAGAAUACCUGCUAGGACAACAUCUGUUUUUGUUGAACCUCGAGAAGCCUGA